UAAAUAAACCUUCUUGAAACUCACAUGACGUCACUAUUAUAGGUGAAAAGUCACUGAUACCAUAUAGUAUCCGUAGGCGUUUGUGGACCUAGCAGUGUCAUGUUUUAGGCUUUUUAUUUUUAUGUUUUUUUAAUGUUUUAGAAGGGGUUUUUCGCUUUCUCAAGCAUUGGAUAUGCUUGAAGAAGAUGACGAACUGCUACAAAAUGUUGAUGAAAUAUUUGUGGAACCUCCUGACCCCAACGUAGACUCAGAUGAGGAUUCCGCGGAUGAGGAGGAAGGAGGAUUGAUAUGCAUCCUGAAUGGCCGUCAAUUGUGCGCUCCAGCCGAAAUAAAGUUAGUAAAUAAUGACAGGGUUGGAGAAUCGAGUAGCUGUAAUGAAUCUGAUGAUAACGGCGCUGACCAUGUGCGGGAGCCAAUAAUACCUUCAAAAUUAAUUGAAUCAAAUCCCAAAACGGAGUGGAUUGCAAAUCGACUUUUAACAAAAGAAGUUGCAAAAUGGAUACCUGGUGAUAUUCAACCAAUGCCCAGACAAUUUCCGGAACCGGACUAUUCUAAGUACAAAGACAUGUCACCUGUUAAUCUCUUUGAGUUAUUUUUUGAUGAAAACAUUUACCAAUACCUUGCUGAACAAACCCAACUUUAUGCCCAUUUUUAAAAUGAACCUGAUCCAGAAAUAACAUCAAACGAAAUCCGCUGUUUUACUGGAAUUUUAAUUCUUACUGGAUACAAUCCCCUACCUUCGAAACGGUUAUACAUACGGUAUUGAGAGAAAAAAUUUUGUCCAAUUUUCAACCUACACAAAAAUAUCUUACGAUGAAUCAAUGAUCAAAUAUUAUGGGCGCCACGGAUGUAAGCAAUUCAUCCGUGGUAAACCUAUCCGCUUUGGUUACAAAGUAUGGGCUCUAAAUACUAAAGAUGGAUAUCUGGUUGAUUUUGAUCUUUAUCAAGGCAAUGAUCCUCGAGAACAAGCGGACAUCAGCAAAUUAGUUGGUAAAUGUGCAGCGCCCAUGAUUUUGAUGUUGAAAGAAUUACCACAACUUGCCAUAUAUAAUUCACAUUAAUAAUCUGUUCACGGGUGUAAAUUUAUUAGCUUUUCUUCAAAAUUUAGGUUAUGGCGCAAUUGGAACGAUUCGAGAAAACCGAAUUCCAAAACCAUAUCCGUUGACCAAAAAACAAGAUUUUCAAAAAAAUAAUAGGAGUUUUUAUGAACAGAUUAUUGAGAGAAACGACGGUGUUCUAUUUGUACGAUGGAUGGAUAAAGCUGUCGUUACUAUAGCAUCAACGAGUGCCGGUGUUCAGCCCGAAGGAGCAGUAAAAAAAUACUGCCAAAAAGAAAAAAGGCACAUCAUGAUUUCUCGUCCUCACUGUAUCGCUGCCUACAACCAUAAUAUGGGUGGUACCGAUCUUAUGGAUCAGGGUAUUGCUACGUACCGAAUUGGAGUUCGUGGUAAGAAAUGGUAUUGGCCAAUUUUUACUUGGCUGAUAGACGUAGCACUGCUUAAUGCCUGGUACUUUAGAUGCACAAAUGAAAAGAUAUCAGCACUUAAUUUUAGAAGAGAAAUCGUCCAAGUAUAUUUGACCAGGUACAAAACAAUUGCCAAGGUUGUUAUAAGAAGCUCUUUCUCAAAGAAUGUACAUACAGAUAUCCGAUUUAAUAGGAUUGAUCAUUUUGUGGUUUCAUGUAACCGGCGAAGAUGUGCUGGGGUAGGAUGCAAAUCAUUCGGUAGAACAAUGUACCGAAAGUGUAAUGUCGGCUUGUGUGUCAAUUGUUUUGCCACUUAUCACACUAAAUAAAUUUAUUUUGACAUAUUUUAUUUGUAUUAUGCAGUUCAAAAUUUUUUGCAAUAAAAAAGUCUUCAACGCCGAUGCAUACCAUAUGGUAUCAGCGUUUUUUUCAACUUCCAAAAUCCAAAAAAAAAUUAAAAAGGUCAAUCUAAGAUCGUUUACCUUUAUUUUCUACAAAACAAUCAAAAUAAUAAAGAAAAAUCUCGGCGUUAAUGGGUUAUAAAAAUUGUAGCAUUCUUUCUUUACGUAAAAACUAUAAGAAAAACUCCGGGCUGAACAAAUUUCUGCUUUCAAUUAUCUAAAACAUAAUAGUUCCAUUUUAUUUAUUUAAUAUCGCUUAGGUAUUAUAAAAAAUUUAAUAGGAAUUUGGAUGUAUUUAAUAAAUUAAUAAUGUAGAUGCUAUUUCAACUAAUGAAGUCUUAUUGCUAGAAUUAUUUAUGUUGAUGCAAUGAUAGUUCCAGUUGUACUAUAUAUCCCACUAUUAUUUUUCUGAUAAAGGUGUUAUUUAUUUAUAUUAGGUAAAUAAAAGUAAAUUUUCAUACAACCGAACUAAAUUGCGUAUUAGACAAACUGGAAACGACAGAGUCCUCCAAAUUCGUGAAAUUGAGAA